UCCACAACAAUAACAAAGGAACAGUCUGGACCUCGGAAAGGAUCGGAAAGGUAACGAACUAAGUAGCUCCGAAUAAGGUCCUUCAACUUAAAUUUCUUCUGCGAAGAAAACAAUUUUUUUGUACUUUCCGAAAAGGAGCAAAUCUACCUCAGAGUCUUAAGGAGUUUAUCGCCAAAUAUCAUCCCCUUGUUGUUUACACCUUUUUGCCGCAAGGCUUUUUGCACAUUUGCACUCGUCGAGGUGAGCCCAGCUCCGAGCGAUGUUCGUACUCCCCCCAGCUCUCCUCAGAUGAUCAAGGACUGUACCUUAUUGAUGCACUUUAGCGCCCUUCCCUCAGCGCCUUCCACCUGCAGCUCAUGACCAAAGCGCCUGCACCCCCCCACCGUCAGCCUCACGCCUUCGGCAUCCCCUCCGCACCCCUCCGGGAAGCCCCAGGAUGUUCCAGAGGUUCGCCAGUGUCCUCUUUGGGGAUGAUGUCGAGGAAGUGAGCCGCCACUGGCCUGGAGAGCAGGGCUUUGGCCAGCCGGAGGGGGAUGAUGACGAGGAGUGGAUUCUUGUGGACUAUCUGGCCGAGGCCUGCUCUGACCCCUGUGGUGAGGACACCUCCAGCGUCCCCGACCAGGAAGACGAUGACGAGGAGGACCUUGUGAUGAUUCCCUCUCCCGUCGCCAGCACCCCCGUCCUCUGCGCCUCCUUCGACUCCACCGCCUACCCCGACCCCAACGGAGGACCCGAGGCAGGGGAAGGGGGCUUCCUGCACGUAGAGGCGUGCUCCCUGGAGGAGAGCUGGUUCGUCACGCCCCCACCCUGCUUCACUGGGCGGGGCAGCAAGCCCAUCCUGCUGGAGACCAGCCCCCUGGAGAACCUGCUGAUAGAACAUCCCAGCAUGUCCGUCUACGCCACCGCCCGCCACCUCAGCCCCCAGCGACUCUCCCUCAAGCUGCCAUGCUCCCUCAACCUGAGCCUGGACCUCACCCUUCCUCCGGCCAACGCAGCUGCCACGGGCAAGGAGACAGGGCGCCGCACGAUGGAUACCCCACGCCAUAGGCCAGACGUGGCAGUGGUCCAGUGUCACGCCAGCCUCCACACCACCUGCUACGCCGCCGCCCUCUCCGCCCGCUCCAGCCUCCUGGACCAGGUGCAGCAGGCCGGGCGCCUGGCCCAGAGGGCACAGCCCCUGUCCCGCAACGCCAUGCGCCGCCUCAACCUGCUGCGCCAGCCAGGAGGUGGGAGGCAGUCAAAGGCCACGGCCAUGUACCUUCACCAGCCAGGCCAGAGGCACCUCAACUACUGAGGACGAGGGGGCGCUCCCCCUCUUUCUCCAACUGUCCCCCCAUCCUUCCAUCCGUUCACCCCAACUAUCGCCCUACCUUCCAUCCGUUCACCCAACUAUCGCCCCAUGCAUUCACCCCUUUAUUAAAUCCCUUCAUCAAUUCAGGUCAACAAUGAGCAAACAAAAGGGGGAAAAGCGUCCCCCUUUCUCUCUCUUCCCUCCACCAAUCUGUUCAACCAUCCAUCUAAAAACAUACGUACACAUGCCUACAUCUAAGUGUUUCCCUGUUGGAAAAUCUGCCUCCAAUCUGGAGAAGUGGAUGAUGGCGAUGUCUACUUCUCAAACUCCUAUUUAGAAUCAAUGCCGUAGGUCACUUUACUCAACUGCAGGUUCACCAUCCCCAUGGCAGCCUGAAGAGACUGGUUCAAUCCGACUGUACACCUGUGGCUAUGUGAUGUCAUAGAGUACAUGUAUGCAGUCAUGGAGUGUUUGUGUGCUGUCGUAUAAUGAUUGUGUGGCGUGAUAAUGUUUGUGUGCUGCCAGCCUCUCACAGUUUGGUUGUGUGAUGUAUUGGUUAUAUCAUUGAGUGGUUGUGCGCUGCGCAGUUCUUGAUGUCUGAACUUUGUUAUUUAAAAUAUUGUGUCUCAUGUCCCUCCAAUAAGUUACACACCACAAUGGCCUCUCAUUUUCCUGGGACGGAGAGCAUAUUUUGACAAACUAAAUGAUAAACUGAAUGAUGAAAUGAUUUAAUUUUGACUUCGGAAUGACUUCACAGAUUGCACCAACUUACUUUUUGAAAUCAGCAAUCCCCCUCCCAUAGCUAUGGGUGAACUUGCCUUUGACUUUGUAAUUCAGUACUUUUACAAUAUUUUUCAAGAAAAUUACGUUGAAAUACUGGGUUGAAUAUCACUAAACGCCUUGUUUUAAUGGUAGAAGUAAUUAAAUAAAUAAAUGUAUAAAAAAAAGUCCAAAAUAUUUUUUAAAAGUAAAAAACAUAUAUUACAUAUCAGUAUGAAGUUAUGUGCGUAUGUUAUCUUGUGUAGGGAUGUUUGUAAGCAAAGGCUUAACUAUAUGAUAGUGUGUGAUUUGUUGCAUGUUUGUACAGUUGUCUUAGUGUCAAGAUGGUGAAAAAGAAAAUGGAAAAAAGUGUUCUUCUUUGUUGUUUUUCUUGGUAUCUUGUUAUUAUGUUUGUUCUAAAUCUGCAGUCUUUUCUCUCAGGGUCAUAACCAAUCACCUUUACACUUUACUAAAAUGCAGAUUACUUGAUGACUGUCUUUGUGCAUACUGGAGACCUUCCAAAUUUGUUGACAAGUGCUUUGCUUUGUGGAACUGUUUGUUAUCCAUGAUUGAUAGAAUAAUGACUCAAAUGAAAAUUGCUUUUUAACAUUUGUCCUAGGACUGUGAAAAUGAAUUAUUGCUCUCUCAAUCGACUGUUAACACCAACAUAGAUGGAGUGAAACUGUUGAGUCUUUUUUCAAAUUUGUUUAUAUAUUUUUUCUCUGUGUACUCUGUAGCUAUUUUGUUUUAUCAUUGUUACACAUGACUUAGUAAUACUUGUAUUAGUAAUACUUGUAUUAAUUAUCAGAAUAUUUAAACCAAAAAGUAGCAGCAAUCUCGAGCUUUGCAGUAGCUAAUAUUACGGAACUUUCUUUUUUUUCAAUUUUUUUCUUCGUUUAAAUUUUUGUUUGUUUUGAAUGGAGACUGAACUGAGAUAUCCGUUUGUGAAACCAGGAAUGUGUGCCAGCAAAGUACAGGCUACCACAACUCGUGAGAGCACUCACGUAUGUAAGGCUCUUUCAAGGAACAAAUGUUCCUUACUCUUCAGUUCAGCUCAAGUCGUUUAUAUAUGACCCAAUUUGCAUACUAUUCUUUGUACUCUGUGGUUAUAGUUAGAGGGAUAAAAUACUCUUGUAGACUCAGAUGUUUUCAGUAUGACCGCAUAGAUAGAUAACUAUUGAUUGUCAUGCAUCAAGAAAGCACUAACAUGUUUUUUUUUUUCUUGUUGUUUUUUUUCUUCACUGUGUAUUAUAAUUUUUUGUUGUUGUUAAAGUCUCUUUGUCUGUUUUAAAUUGAAAAGUAAAGUGAAUUAAGUGUAGCUUUUGUAUUUGGUUUAUCUUAUGUUUAUUUUCUCAGUUAGAAAAUAUCUCAGCUAGCAAAAUGGUUCCUGUUCAGCAAGUUAGAUUUUUUCCCCUUCAUUGUUGUGACUCGGGCAAUAGGACGAAGGGAAUGGAGGAGAACACAGUCUUCUCAAUAACAAUACGUGAACGCUGGAAGGAGCCAUUUUGUUCCAGUUUCUUGGCUGUCUGUCUCAGCUCAUGAUGAUGAUUAUGAUAAUAACAGGGAUUUGUAUAUUUUUCAUUUUUAGUUAAUGUUUGCCUUGAAUUUGUUGUGGAUCACGUGCCUUCCAGGUUAAACAUUACAAUGACAAUGCAUUGAUGAAGAACUUGAACUAUUGUCCAAGGGGACAAAAUAACAAAAGCAAAUCAACUAUGCACCACUGGAGGUAGCUUCUAAUCUCUCUGUGAACCACCCAUGUACAACUUUUAUACACAGAUGUAGCAAACCCGUUUUUUCUCUCUCUUUUUUUGUUGUUGUUAAUGAAAGCUUUGGAAGAAUAAUUGAUGGCAUUUUUUCACAAAGUGUUAGAUUUGGCUUUUAUUUUAUUUUACUGGAGUAAUACAGCACUUUGCCAAAAAGUGGAGAAAUUGUUGGGUUAAUUAUUAUUUAUCGACAUAACAGACUUCUCAACUGUUUGUAUUUUGGACACAUGACAGAUCUAUUCACACUGUUGUUUUGCUCAAAACAAAUUGAUAACCAGAAUGUGGUUGUCUAUUUAGAAACUGUAAUGCUUCAAACAUAAUCUGUUAUAAUGAUGAUGUGCUCCACAGUCUACAAUAAAUGUUUUCAUACACUCUCA